AAGUACUCGCGCUGGAAUCCAACAAAAUUAAGAUCCCCUAACAUUUAACUACAAGCGUGCAGCUCUCUGAAACAACCAAAAUGAGCUCUUACUUCGUGAAUUCGUUUUCAAAUGACCCCGACUAUCAACUAAAUUAUGGACCGGACAGUGGUACACUGAACGACGCGGCGUAUAGGGCUUCUUCCGCGGCCGCGAUGCACCACGCGACUGACGCUUACGGCUAUGGCUACAAUGGUAUGGACCUGACAGUCACAAACCGGGGAGAGGGGAAGACCAACAACUCAAGCGACAACGGACACUUCGUAGACGGCUCGGUCGUCGAGGACUCCCGGAGCUUUAGCCCCUUGGACAGUGAGAGGGGUUUCAGGCAGUCGUCUAGCUGUUCUGUCGCCUCUGUGAGAGCCUCCCUCUUGUCAACUAAUUGCAGAGGCAGUCAGCAGAGGAGCCGGAGCUCGUCUCCCCACUCGGCACAACCAGGAAGCGUUCUUCUUAGGUCCCUCAACCCGACCUCGCGCACUUCAACGCGCGGAGACACCCAGCGAUUCGCGAAGAUGAACGAAAACUCAACAGGAGUGGAUGAAAAACAACACGAUAGCCGGACCGUGGGCGAUCACGUCACACUACCGGUGCACGAGAAGCAAGUGGAUGGCCAGGCGGGGAGCUCAAACCUGGCUAGUGAGCCUCCACAGAUAUUUCCCUGGAUGAGAAAACUGCACAUUAGCCAUGAUAUGACGGGCCCGGACGGGAAACGUGCACGGACGGCGUAUACCCGCUACCAGACACUCGAGCUGGAGAAGGAGUUUCACUUCAACCGCUAUCUCACACGCAGGCGGCGGAUUGAGAUCGCGCACACGCUUUGCCUCACCGAACGCCAAAUUAAGAUAUGGUUCCAAAAUCGAAGGAUGAAGUGGAAGAAGGACAACAAACCGAAAAACAUAAACAUCGUCACUACCAGUGCACCCUUCCAACCUUAAGAAUUAGCAUUAUUAUUACAAAUCAAUUCAUCCGCUCAUAAAAAGUGAAGAUUUUUAAAAAAAUAUAUAUAUAUAUAUAAACUCCGAAUUCAGAGAAGACUAAAGAUCCCAAGAGAGCAAGGAGACCAAGGAAGCCCCAAAAUCAAUACUGUAAUCAGAAAUACAGUAUACUCUAACUGCUGAAGUUUUUUUUUUUUUUUUUGGUCAAACUGAGCUUUCUGCAUAAUGUUACUCCAACAAAUAAUCAGAACGGAUCAAAAAUAUUCUCUACCUUAUAGUCAUCAAACUAUCAAUAUGUUUGCGAAAAAGAAAUCUUUCCAUUUUUCUGAAAAUGCUAAAAUAUGACUUGUUUUACCCAGUACUGUAUACCACGCAGCACUUUAAUUUCGUCUACAUUGUGUGUUUUUAGUAUGUAUGUAUUCGUGAAUGUGGUACGUGCAGUGUUCUUGUGUCUUAUAAACGAAUUCGUCUUUAAGGGGGGCAUAACAUAAAAAGGAAAAAGAAACUCAUUCUUAUAUAUACGAGUUGCUUGAACUUGCCUAGUGCAAAUUUUAAGCAUGUUAUUUUAUUUAAUUUUUUUUUUAGCUGUAGCCAUAACGAGUGUACUUCCCUAAACUCACAUUUGCACGCCUUUGAAUUCUGCUCUAGAGUUUUUGUCAUUGCAAGCGUGGGUGUACUAUGUGCAAGUAUGUUUUCAUGUAAUGUCGUCUGUACCAAUUCAAAUCUUAUGUGUUUCUUAUUGUCCUUAUUAGCUAAAU